AUGCAUUACGAACCACCGUUUGCUGCAUCGGAUGCUCUCGACACUCCACCUUUGCAUACCAGCACUGGCGCCGCACCUUUGCCAGCCGCGCCGUUAGAACACGUACCCGACCAGCCGAACGUCCGAUUGACCCUCAGCGAUGUCACGAAAUUUCUCCAGGAUGAACUCGCAACGCCAAUACUGGAUCGAAUGUAUAAGUGGCUGUGGGUAUGCACGGCUAUGGACAGCUCGCGUAUCGAUCCACUGCACAGACAUGUCGUCAAGCAGAGAAAGAUCAUUGCCUGCGAAGACCCCGCGCUACAUCUGGUGUGGUACCAAAGCGAUGUUUUUGUGAAGCCCAUCCCGCCGGCCUUGCUCAACCACGACUUCUGGAUCCAGUUCCUGAACGGACAGCCCGAGCAGUUCGAUCGUCGGGUCGUGCUUGGGUUCCUGAGAUCGUACGGCUAUCUCAUUCGACACCGUACAGAUCUCAAGCUCGCAAAAGAGAAAGGGUUAGUCCCAGAGGAUGUCGAUUGGUUGCGAUGGGAGCGUUUCAUUGCCCUAUUCCGUCUGGUAGAAGACCACGAAGUCGCAGUCCGAUACCAUGUUGGCCAGCUACGCCUAAGCAGGCUCAACAUUCUCAUCCGCUUCCUGUGGCCUCGUGGGAAGCAAGAUGUGGGCAACAACCGACAUUAUCACCAGACACAAUGGUACACGGCUUCAUUCAUGCAGCAAUAUGCAGCGGCCCUGCUGUUCAUCUUCGCCUCGGUGUCGCUGUUGCUGUCGGCCAUGCAAGUCGUACUGACCUUGCCUAGCGAGCCUGCAUGGCACACCUGGGUCGUGCAUUCCGCGAGCAUUGCGGAUGCUUUCUGGGGCUUUUCUGUGACCGUGCUGGUGGGCCUGGCCUUCAGCUGGCUCCUCUUGAUAGGUGGUCCAAUCCUCUAUUGGACCUCGCAGCAGGUGUUUGGAUACCGCCAGAAGUGUAGAUUCCACGGACAACUUGCUGCCAAGCAAUCCAGUGAAUCCAAAAAGGAGGGUGAUGAAGACGUAUAG